AUGUAUUCCUUCAUUGCUGCUCUUCUUUUCCUUGCACUUAUCCUUACUCUCAUCGACCAUGCAAGCGCAGGCGUGGUAUUCAUCUUCACGCAUGGUGGGAAAAUAACACGGUUUCAAGCAACUCUAAAUGUACCCUCCCCGCCAACAGCGCUACAAGGCCAUGGCCCAGACUGGAAGAUCCAAGCAACCUGGGCCGGCAUGCAACCAACAGAUCAAAGCUGUGUUCUGCAAAAUGUUUUUGGGAAUGCGGGGGGUGAAGUGGGGUGUUGGAGUCAUAUACCUAGUUUUUAUAACGGGGCGACGAAAUCUAGUUGGACGGAGAUCUAUUUUGAGGAGAGACAACCGAAGGUAUAUCUGGGUGACGAAAUAACAAGUCUCUGGACUCUUCAUGAAAUCUCCAAUAAAUGGCUCGAUACGUGGUCCGUCAUGCCCGGUCGAAUCGGCGCAUCAAAGGGAGAAGUACCAUAUGGUGGGAACUACACUUUCGAUGGCUCCAAAUUUGAACCUAACGUCCCAGACAUGACAGAGGUUUUACUAGUGAUUGAGCAUGUGGGAACUGGCAAUGGCGUCGAUCCUGGUUGGGAUUCCGGAGCGGUAACAUUCACAAAUAUCCUGAUUGAAUCGACGUCCACAAAGGAUUGGUGCAAUCAUGAGAAUCCGGAGGCUUGGCAUCCACAAGAUGUUAAGAUUCUGGAUAUAUCCACGCCUUUCAUUUCGACGAUUGGGAAUGGAACGAAAAGUUGUUAUAUUCCUUGGAUUGUUAUUGAUUCGAAUUGA